AUGAUCAAAUCUUGUUCUUCUUCAUUGCUUCUGUCCAUUACUAUCUUGUUGAUUUUUUGUUCUUCUUCGGUUAUUGGAAAGGCAGUAGUAGUUCCACCAUCAAAGACAUUUAGUUAUCACUUGGAUGCCCUGUCGUUCAAUAGAGGUUAUGAUGGAACUGAGUACAAUGUCAGGUAUCAUACUUUACCAAUCCAAAACUAUCCGUUUUCUCUUUGUUUUUAUGAAGCCAAUCCAGAGAGUACUGGUGUCAACAAACCUGUUACUGAUUCGUACAUACUAGCUAUAGGUAUGGGUCAUCUUUUUGCUCAUCCUGACGGGAUUACACGUUGGGUUUGGGCAGCUAACCUUUAUCGCCCUGUUGGCGAUAAAGCUAAACUUGUUUUCAGUCGCAGCGGAAAUCUUGCCUUAAUCGAUGCCAAUGGUCGAAUUGGUUGGCAAACAAAGACGAGCAACAAAGGCGUGGUCGAUAUUAAACUACUUCCGAAUGGUAAUUUAGUGCUUCUUGAUAGAAAUGGUGGAUUUGUUUGGCAGAGUUUUCACUAUCCUACUAAUACUCUAUUGGUAGGACAAGGUCUUGGUCCUGGAAGUUCAGCUACUAACAAGAUAGUAAACGGUGAUUAUAGUAUGGUUUUACAAGAUAGAACACUUGGUUUAUUCUUUAAUCCCAACCCAAAAUCAGCGUCAGCAUCAUCCAAGCCUUUCAACUAUUAUAAUGUAACACAAAUGGCCAAGUUAGGGAUCAAUAUUAGCUUCGACACGUCCAAGUACUACUAUGGAGACGGAUCAUUCGAUGUAUUGAGCAUUGUUUUUAGUACUGAUUCCUUUUUUGUAUUGGCUUAUCCUAAAUACAAUAGUACAUUGUCAAUGCUUCGGUUAGGCUCAAACGGUAAUCUAUAUAUCUAUACUUAUAAUGAAGUACCAGCUAAUGGUUUUAAUGCAUGGGAGGAAACUUAUGCUACCUUUUCUAGAGAAGGACGCACCAGUGAAUGUUUACUACCUGCAAAAUGUGGAUCAUUCGGUCUUUGCGAAGAUAACCAGUGUGUUGCUUGUCCUACACCAAAAGGACUAUUGGGUUGGGAUAAGAAAUGCAAACUACCAAAACUUCCUUCAUGUAGUACAAGUGCAGCCAAUGUGGGUUAUUACAGAGUAGGAGAUGUAGAAGAUUAUCGGCCACUCGGUUAUUCUGACGGAGAAGGACCGAUGACGGUGAACGAGUGUAUGAAGAAAUGUAGCGAUGACUGCAAGUGUGUCGGUUUCUUUUAUAGAAUAAAUGGUUCUAUGUGCUCACUUGCUUCCCAAAUCAAUACGCUAGCCAAGCUUGAUGCUGUGUUUAACAAUUUGAUAGAUGUUUACGUUAAGUACGCAAAGUAG